AUGAUGGCCGGUCUGUCGUUCAACAUCGGUGGCGGCGGCGGCGGGAGUUCGAGCAGCGCGAGCGCCGCGAGGAGGGACAAGCGGAAGGAAACCCCGGGAGGGUCGAAGAAGAAGACGGCGGCGUUCGCGUCGCCGAAGAAGAAGCUCGAGACUCGGACGCCCUCGUUCGAGUUUUCGCCGCCGCCUCAACCGCCGCCGCGACCGCCUCAACCGCCGCAGCCGGCGCCCGCUCCGGCGUUUCCUUCGAACAGAUACGCGUUCGAUCGAUUCGGGGCGGCGAUCACGCCGCCCGGAAGCUCCCCGGCGGCGACGGGAGGAAGCCCCGGCGGCGGAUCAGGCGGCGGGUUUUCGUUCGACGGCGCGAGCCCGACGUUUACCCUGGGUCGCGCCGCGGGGAAGUCGCCGUUCGGGAAGAGCGGGGGCGGGGCGUCUCGAGCGAGGCAUAACAACCACGAUAUUCGAUCCGCGGCCGCUGCUGCGGCGGCCGCGGCGGCGGCGGCGGCGGCGGCGGCGAGGUCUCCGUCGAGCGACGCGUUCGCGCGCGUCACGUUUUCGUCGCCGUCGUCGCCGUCGCCGCGAACGCAAACGCAGACGCACACGCAGACGCAGUCGCCGACGCGCGUGGCGUUCCGAGCGGGCGAGUACGACGCCGCGGCGGCGUGCUACGACGCCGCGCUCGAGAUGAUGUCGCGCGAGCGCGGCGUGGUGGAGGUUCGGUGCUCUCGCGCGCGCGCGCACGGCGACGGCGCGCGUCGGUUCGUCGACUACAGGGACGCGGCGGUGUGCUACGCGAACCGCGCGGCGGCGCGGUUGAUGCGCGCGUCGUGCGUCGUCGGCGCGGCGUCGGCGUCGGCGGCGUCGGCGAUUCGCGCGGCGAACGACGUCAGACUCGCGCUGGAGGACUGCCUCAACGCGCUCUCCGCGGACCCGUCGUUCGACCGCGCGCGUCUCCGCGCGGGGACGUGCCUCAUGAAGCUCGGCGCGUUCCCCGAGGCAGCGCGGACGUUCGACGCGUGCGCGCCGCGCGACGCGACCGGGGGCGAGUCCGAGGCGAGAAAACUCGCCGCCGAGGCUUUGCGCGCCGCCGCGUUGACGCGCACGAUGCGAACCGUCACGCUGCCGUCGCUUCGCAGCGGGUUCCUCGACGCCGCCGCGCGGGGCGUCGCCGCGGCGAUGCGAACCGUCGCGGGUCACGCCGACGCGGCGGCGGCGGACGCGGACGCCGACGCCGACGCGGACGCCGCGCGCCGCGCGAUCGCCAUCGCGACGCCGCUCGCGGCGCUCGCGCCGCACGCGUCGCACGUCGCGGAGACGAGAGCUCGCGCGCUGUUCAUCUUGGGGGACCUCGCGGCGGCGGCGCGCGUCGCAUCGUUCGAGGGCCUGGGCGGCGACCGAGAAGACAUCGAGCGACGCGACGGCGACGGCGACGGCGGCGACGAUGCGGCGACGAUGGUUCGCGUCCCCGACGGCGACGGCGACGGCGACGUCCUCGCGUGGUGGCGCGUCGUCAUCCCGCCGCUCGCGGAAUACGCGACGGGCCGCGUCACGGACCGGCACCGAGCCGUGUUCGCGCGAUUCGGCGGCAAGACGAAGGCGGAGAUCGCGGCGGAUCUCGCGCGCGACGCGGCGCGCGGCGACGACUCGGGUGCGCGCUGUUCUGUUCUCCGCCUCCGCGAACGUUUCGUUUCGUUUCGUUUCGUUUCGUUUCGUUUCGUUUCGUUUCGUUUUUCAUCGCCCGUCCGUCUCCCCGGUUUCAACGGACGGUUUCAACGGACGUCCCCUCGUUUUCGACGGACGCGUGAUCGCGCGCGCGUUCGACUGACCAUCCGAUGA